UUAGGGUAGUAGGAAGGAUUUGAAUUUGUGGCUGUUCAGAGGAAGGUUAUGAGAGGAAAAAAUUAGACUAGACUGCUAUGCUUUUGCAGUUCAAAAUAAAUUGGACUACUGUCCUUGGUAUUUCUGCUUAGGAAAAUGUGUUAAUUGCUGAUGGAAAUGGGUAACUUCCUCUUUGCUUGGGGGCUGGUAGAUAAUUUCAAAAAUUAAACAAAAGUUAAUAAUACAGGAAAUUAAAAGAGUUUUACACCCUGAGUUUUGCUAAUAGCAGAUAUCACUGAUUAAGAUCCAACACAAACGAAGAAUCAAUGGGAAUGAUGUCAUAAAAGGAUGACAUAUCCCCUCUGGCUUGGAUAACAAAUGAAGUAGCUUCCCAUUGGUUUUCAGACAACCAAUCAGAAAGUAAGUUCUCUGUCUGCACUGAGGUUAUAAAAGGUUGCAGGCUCAGACAGGGUCAGUACACAACUGUGGUAAUUUCAAGAGGUGGCUUAGCCAAGCCACACUUUGUCAGACCAGUCAUAAUUAGGCCAGACCAGGAAUAAAUCAAAGAAGGCAAAAUAAGAGAGAAAACCAAGUGAACAGAGCCAGGAACAGAAGGAAAGAGAGUCAGGCAAGCCAAGCAAAGAAAGACACAGGCAAGCAAAGCCAAGCAAGGAAACAUCCACUGAAGCUAAACAAGUAAAAAAAAAAAGUUAGGUAUACCAACUCCUGAGUAAAGACUCGGGUAAACCAAGCAGAGCAAACAAAAGAAAGCCAAGAAAGUCAAGCCAAGUGUUGUUGAAACAGCAGAAGUCUGCAACAUGUCUGAGACUGAGUCUGCGCACUCUGGUGAGACCUCAAAUGCAAAAGAGGCUAAGGCCAAAAUCACCCGCUCUUCCCGGGCUGGGCUGCUGUUCUCUGUCAGUCGCAUAGACAGACUGCUUCGCAAAGGACAAUUUGCAGACCGUGUUGGAAAGGGAGCUCCAGUAUAUUUGGCCGCGGUGCUUCAAUACCUAACCCACGAGAUUGUGGAUAUUGCUGGAGAAGUUGCUGCCCGCAGCAAGAAGCAUCGGAUUUCCCCAUUGCACUUGCAGCUGGCCAUUCACAGUGACUCGGAGCUCAAGAAACUACUGGGAGGUGUCACCAUCUCUCAGGGCGGGGUCCUGCCCUUAAAUCAGCCUGUGGUUUUACCUUCCAAGAAGAGGAAUGGCAGGAGAGCUAUCAAGAGAGGGAUUGCGCCUGCUCCUGUCCCUGUUAAGUGA